UAAGCACGCUCUCGAGCGACCCGUGAGCACUCGACAAGGUUCGCACAUGUCGGAGAAAUAAGACAGCGAAGGAGUGAGAGAGCGCGGAAUGGCCACAAGGAAUAGACAAUUGGAGUAGUCUGUGAUAUUUUCUAAUAGGCUACAGCUCACUCCUGAUGCUAUUGUCGUUACUUAUACGGCAAAAGAAAGCGCUGUCUUUACUGGGGAAUUAAGAGAGUGUACUGACGGCAUUACUUGGAACGUCACUUCGGGCACUUCUACGUGAAUUAUCUUGACAGACACAUUUCUCUGAUUGACAGCCGACAAGUUACACUGGACUACUUGGUGCAUUCUUCUCGGCCACUCCACGCGGAGUUGAGUUUCUUCACAGCCCUCCAAGACGUCUUGAUCUUUUAAGUGCUUAUUAUAACUUAAGUAUUCAUUAGGCUUUUCAGCUGUGGAGAAUAUCGCACAAAGUCUUUGCACAAAUAUGAUUUAAUUGCCUACCAGUGUCAUUUUGGAUUAGUCUUGAGUGUCACAGUUGACUUGAUCAAAGGGAUUUCACUCUUCAGAAGGGAAGCACACCUUUCUUGUGGAUACUGAGGGGAAGACAAGCUCUUGCCGUUUAAGAGUUGCGCAUGCAGAUGGCGCAAAGGUACGACGAGCUGGCCCACUAUGGGGGCGGAAUGGACGGUGUCGGGGUUCCGACGUCCAUGUACGACCCGCACGCUCCACGGCCUCUACCUCAGGUCCAUCACUUGAACCAUGGGCCCCCUCCUCACGCCAACCAGCACUACGGGGCCCACGCACCUCACAGCAUCAUGUCCAGUAGCAUGGGCUCCGCUGUCAACGACGCCCUGAAGAGGGACAAAGACCAAAUAUAUGGCCAUCCGUUAUUCCCACUGCUCGCUCUUGUGUUCGAGAAAUGCGAGCUAGCCACAUGCACGCCGAGGGAGCCCGGCGUCGCGGGCGGCGACGUGUGCUCCUCGGACUCUUUCAAUGAGGAUAUCGCCGUCUUUGCCAAACAGAUACGUGCAGAAAAACCGUUAUUUUCAUCAAAUCCAGAGUUGGACAACUUGAUGAUCCAAUCGAUACAAGUGCUUCGAUUUCAUCUUCUGGAAUUAGAAAAGGUGCACGAACUUUGUGAUAACUUCUGCCAUCGGUACAUAAGUUGCUUAAAGGGGAAAAUGCCAAUUGACCUAGUGAUUGACGAUAGGGAUGGAUGCAAGUCUGAUUUCGACGACCUCUCAGGAUCAUCCACAAAUCUAGCAGAUCACAACCCUGCAACCUGGAGAGAUCUGGACGAUGCACACUCAACCCCAUCAGUAGGAACGCCAGGCCCUUCCAGUGGGGGCCAUGCGUCUCAGAGUGGAGACAACAGCAGCGAGCUCGGAGACGGUAUGGAGAACAGCUUGGCAUCGCCGGGCACGGGCGACGAGGAUGACCAGGACAAGAAGAGGCAGAAGAAGCGAGGCAUCUUCCCCAAGGUGGCCACCAACAUCAUGCGGGCAUGGCUCUUCCAGCACCUCACGCACCCGUACCCCUCUGAGGAGCAGAAGAAGCAGCUUGCCCAGGACACAGGGCUGACCAUCCUACAAGUGAAUAACUGGUUCAUCAAUGCCAGAAGAAGAAUAGUCCAACCAAUGAUUGACCAGUCCAACAGAGCAGUGAGCCAGGGAUCAGCUUAUAGCCCUGACGGCCAGCCCAUGGCGGGCUACGUCCUGGAUGGCCAGCAACACAUGGGCAUUCGACCAGCUGGGCCAAUGGGUGCCAUGGGGAUGAACAUGGGCAUGGACGGGCAGUGGCACUACAUGUAAACCCUCCCUCAGCCCUUUCCAAGCUUGACGUGAGGACCUGGUGGAGUGUCUGCAGUUCCCUCAGGGAAAGCUCCUCCCUCCAUGGCCAGUGGUCCAAUGAGAAGCCCGAUCACCUUGUCACGACCUCCGACCUCCACUGAUUCGACCAAGCUCACAGACAGUCACAGUCUUCCUGGAGCACGACAACAGACUUGACCCGUGUCCCCACUUCCACACCCACCUCCACCUCCACGUCCACGGACCACCACCGACCCCCCCCCCCCCCCCCCUCCAGCCUCUACUGAGCCCCGUCCUCACUGUCUCCUCCCUGGGCCCAGCAAGAGGACUCCCUCCCUCUCUCUCCUGCCUUCCUGCUCGCCUUCCCAUGCUCCUCUGGACAUCCACAGCUACAGCAGCAGAGAGCCCAGCUCGUAGCAAAAUGUGUACAAAUAAAAAAAGACAGAAGACUUUUCACUAUGAAAAUAUUCCUUCAGAAAAGAGGAAUAAAAGCUGAGAUGACCUCUGGUGAUUAUUUGGAGAUGGAGGAUUUCUUCUGGUUUUUGUUUUUCCCUUUUAAAUUAUUUAUUUAUUUUUUUACGAUAAGAUGGAGCACGAGGACCAGAAUUUCCUUGCACUUUUUUUCUUGACCACAGACCAGCUGACACACAGCGAGCUCUCUUUCUUUCUUAAUCUCUCUCUCUCUCUCACACACACACACACACACAAAUUAUACCAUGAACACACAUGCACACACACACACACACACACACACACACACACACACACCAUCACAUUACUUUCUUAAGGGAACCACUGUGGAAUACAAAAAGAAAUGCCCCUAAAUUUAUGAUAAAUGUUCAAGUGAUCUGUUUCCCUUUUUUCUUUCUUGAAUGUGUAUACAGUAUAUUGUUUGUAAAAUAUAAUAGCCCUUAGAGUUUCUCCCCUCCCACCCUGACAAAAGGACUGAAGUCAGACUGAAGAGAUGGCCAUUUACUGUUAUCUCAAGAUGACCUUUUGUGAAACUCUAUUGCCCCCACACAGGAUUCACAAUUCUAUUUUGAUUUUGUUUGGUUUUGUUUCUGUCUUAAAAAUGUUAUAGACAGAUAAUUGUGACAGACAGGGUAAAGAUGGACAACGUGUAGAUAGCUUGGGCUAGUCAUGUCAAAGAGGACAAGCUUGAGAACUCCUUGAGAAUUAAAGUAAAUGGUGAAAUGCUUGGGGAUGUGUUAGAAGUAUUGAUGUAAAUUUCGAUCCAGUCAAUCUAGUUUUAUUUUAUUGUUCUGUCAGGUAAAUGUUUGUUGAUGUCAACUCCUCUCCCCGUCACUGUACACGCUCUUUUUAUUCUCCCUCGGCAAAGAGAGUUUGUCUUUUAAAAACAUAUUUCUAUGAAUUCAUCUGUGACUUUUUCU